AUGAUGUCGGGCAUUUACGAUUUGACUUCGUCUCUCCAUCCCCUUCGCCAUGCGCAUAGCAACCCACUUUUAAUUAACUCCUCGUGGUCCUCCUCGACCACUUCCCUGACUUCGACGUCCUCCUUCUGGUCCGAUGUUUCUUCCCAGCAUUCGGACGAUUCCAUCUCGACCUCUGAUUCGGACUCGUGCUAUUUCUCGCGUGCCCCAUCCUCCUCCCAACAGUCAGUCAGUUCACUCGGAAGCAUUUACGAACCGGCAGUAAAACUCCACGAUCCAUGGGUCAGGCAGCCAGUUUGUACACAGCCUCAGGUCGAAGCCCCCCCGGAAUUGCGACAGAAUCCGAGACGGACCAACAAUUCGGUGACUUCCCGUACCGGACGCCCGCCGUCGCUCGUACGCCAGGAUGAUAGAAAGGUCAACUUUGUGGAUAACCUAGUUGAUACCUCAACCCAUAUUGUCGAGGCGAUUUGGCCUACCUCAUCUGUCCCUCCUCGGAAUGAGAAUGGCACGGGCUCAGUGCUGCCGCUCCGUACCUUUAUCCAAGAGACAUUGCGCCGCUCCCGGACUAGUUACUCUACCUUGCAGGUGGCCCUUUACUACCUGAUAUUGAUUAAGCCUCACGUCCCUACCCACGACUUCACCACUGAACAGCCUGAUGAUCGCUACUCCAGUCAGGCGAUUCAGUGCGGCCGUCGCAUGUUUCUUGCAGCCUUGAUUCUGGCAUCCAAGUAUCUUCAGGACCGUAACUACUCGGCUCGUGCCUGGAGCAAGAUUUCUGGUCUCAACACUCAGGAAAUCAACAAGAACGAAAUGACCUUCCUUUUAGCCGUGAACUGGAAGCUUCACGUUACGGAGGAGGUCUACAAGCGCUGGUGCGAGUGUGUGGCCAAGCUGACACCAUCUCAGCCUCCUUCGCCUGGCGGUGUUUCCAUGCAAGUCUACGAGCAACAGUGCUACAACUUCCGCCGCAUUAUCCUCGGCCUGUCCCCCGACCUCAGCAACCUGGAGGAGCUGCUAGCUCCUUGGUCUUCGACCUUGACAUAUCUUCGCGAGCCAUCCCCUCGGACUGUCCGCCGCAUUCCUUCGGCAGAGCGUUUCAGUACCUUUGGCUCUGAUAUGGAGCAGAGCUGGUCACCGAAGUCUCGCAGCGUGCCAGUGGUUCUAGAGCCGACGCCUGCAAACACGUGUGCUCCCAGCCGCUUCGCUCCGGCUCUUGGGCUUCUGCCUACCCCUCGGCUUGCUUCUCAGCCCACUGGACUCAUCACUCCUGCAGCGAGUGUUGUUUCCCAAGUUCCGUCGCGCAGCUCGUCAAUGGCAUUUGCAAUGGCCCAGGCAUCCGCUUCAGCUGCCGCCCAAUCUGCCGAUCGGUGGCCUGCGUCUAUGGGAUCAUCGCCUCUGGCUCCGGUUACACGUCGUUCCUCCCUUGCCAACUCCGUGUGCAGCGCCUCUUCGCCGGAGUCAAUGAUCUCAGACUCAUCUCAGGUUUCUCGCUCGUCCUCAGUCUCGUCAGCUUCUUCGGCUGGUGCGCCAUCGUCCAACUUGGACUCUCAGGCGCGGUAUCGCACUUCGAAAUCAAACUAUGACAGGCUGGGUCCGAGACUGCCAAUGAAACCGGUGUAUGAGGAUAAUGAGCCGAUUUGCCUAACUUCAUCUCCCGAGGAAUACGGGGUUGCCGUAGGCCAAGAGAUGUGCGACCUGACGCUGAAUAUGCUCAUGCCUUGCCCACAACGCGAGAUGGACAAUGCCGCUCGUACUCUUCAAAACAUGCAGCAAUACAGUAGCAACAGUCCCGUGAUUGGGGUCAAAGCAGGACUGAAAAGGAGCCGUCCUUUCUCAGUUGAGGAUACUUUGCAGGACGAUGUUCGCGACAUCCUCGCUGGCCGUUAUGGUAGCGCUCGGUCUUGGUCUGAAACUAUGGUUCGUUCUCGUCCUGACGGUACGAGGGUUCCUCAGCAGGUGCCCGUUCGUAUUAGCACUCCAGGGAGCCAUAAGCGGCUUUGUUGCUCUGCUGAAGCCUCUCAGAUUCUCCAGAUUCCCUCUCUUCACCCUGCUGUGAGUGGGCUUGGUGGUCCAGGGAUGUGGGAAGGUAUUUUAAAUUAA